CCGGUCGGAGAUCUGGUUUGGAAUUCAAGGCUAUGGUCAAUAGGUUGGGCUCGGCAAGCACGACGAUCUCUUGCCGAUGGAGCCCGAGUGUUGAUAGUACUAAGUACUCCGUAGCGAUGAUCCGAUCCAAGACUGCCUGAUCAAGAUUCAAGAAUGGAGAGAAAAUCAAGGCGGAGAUGGAAUCAAACUCACGUGAGGCGGUGAGACCCACUUCUGUUUGUUAUUUUCCGCCAGGAUUCAGGCGUCCAGGCGCCAGCUUGAUUUCAGCCAGCCAGCCACCUGGUUUUCCUUCGGACUUAUUUGUCGUAUUUUUUCGAAGAGAUAGUGCAUCUCUUCAUAAACUGGGAUGUGGAGCUUGUAGUCCGGUUUCUGUGAAGGGCCAAUCACAAGAACACACGCAGGGGCAAAUGGCCGCGGCCACUACCCCUCCUCACGAGCUCCGGUCGAUCAUCCGACUUUGGAACCACCCCGCAGUAUUCGGUCAUAACAACGCAAUCCUUAAUCCUUGAUUAUCCUUAUCCCUAUACUAGUCAACACGAUCGUCAUGCCGUCAGAUUCGCCUUAUCAGCAUCCUGUCAUCCCUCCGCGCACGAGCUCCACCGGUAUGACGGACGUCAACCAUCAG